UACAACUAAAGAAUUUUGUUUUUAGAAACCCUGUUGUAGCUUUUUUGCAUCCCUUUCAUUUGAAAUGGUAAGUUUUUAUGGGUUUAUAAAUAACAGGUUAGUUUCGUUUUUUAUUUGCUGUUUUUUUUUUUUCGAAUAGGACGAACCUUCAAUUAUUUACUCCCGUAAAUAUGAACUCGCACAAGCUCUCGCACGAUCACGUUUUAUUCCAGGUAUAAAAGCCUAAGCUGCAUUGUUUGAAGGCUUUAGUAGACAAAUCAAAUAAACGCCGUGAGCAAUAUCCAAGUCAAACAAAUCAAAAGGCAAACAAGCGAAAUACACACUCACACGCGCAUCCACAUACAAUGCAGGGAUAUUUGAAAAUGACGAGCUCUGUGCUGCUAUUGCUCCUGUUAGUGUUGGUCGUGGAAAUUAACUGUGGUGAGCGUAGUAUCAGGCCGACAAGGACGAUCAAUGACAGCGAGGAGGAAGGCUUAUAUACGCCUGAUUUAAGAGGCAUUUAUGUGGCCGACAAUGCUGGGCAAUAUGUGGCAGAUAACACUGGUUAUUAUCACCCAAGCGGCGAGGAAGGCAGGUGGUCGCCCGAUGGUUUGGGUGUCUAUCACGAUGAUCUGAAGUGGCGCUAUGUGGCGGACAAUAGUGGAGCAUGGGUGCCAGACAACAACGGCAAUUAUGAUUCAUCGCAAGAGGCACAAGGUGUUUACCAUCCAGACGGUAGUGGCGUUUAUCACGCGGAUAAUACAGGAGCUUAUUCUGCGAAAUACUACUGAGCAGUUUAAUAACUUAGAAAGCAAUCGAAAUUGAAUGCAAUUGAUAUUUGAGACGUGUGAAUGAACGACGUGGGAAAUUUUCAAAAACGACAAAAAAAAUUUACGAUAACUUAUGACUGCCUUAAGUGAAUUGAAUAAAUU